AUGUCGUUCCUUCACGCUUCUGCUAUUGACAGAUAUCUCUUAACAUCUACAAUCCCCAAAUCGUUCCCACCUUUUAAAUCGUUUUCUUUUCAGAAUCCUACUGCUAGGCCUACUUCGUCUCUUUCUUGUGUUGCAAGGAAGUCGGACACGGUACCUGACCCUGAACCCGAAUCAAAUUCCAAUCCUAAAGCUAAACCUAAGAAGACAACUCGCCGCCGCCUGAAAGCCGAAGUUGAAGCUACGCAGAAUGACAAUGAUGAGAAUCCUGGUGGGUCUAUGACGUACCCAGCGACUAUCCCAAGGAAGCCGAGGCGUGGCCGCAGGAGUGAAGCUGCGGCGGUUGAAGAUUUCGUGCGUGACUCGCUUCAACGGACAUUUACAUCAAUCCGAGAGCAGAACCCAGAGGUGUUUGAGAAUAACGAGAAGGUAAUGAAGGACAGAGUUGAGGAUGACAAGGUUGAAAGUGAUAGUGGUGAAGAUGAUAACGAAGACGGGGAUGGUGUCAGUGGUGGUGGUGGUGGAAGAGGAAAGAAGAAGAUGGUGGUUGAGGAGGAAAGUGCAAGUUGGCCACUUGAUGCGGAUGUGGGGUGGGGGAUUAGAGCGUCGGAGUAUUUUGAGCAGCACUCAAUUAAGAAUGUUGUGGGGGAAGAUGGUGUUGAGAUUGACUGGGAAGGAGAGGUUGAUGAUAACUGGGUAAAGGAGAUCAAUUGUCUGGAGUGGGAGAGCUUCGCUUUUCAUCCUAGCCCGCUCAUUGUUCUUGUUUUUGAAAGAUACAACAGGGCAGCUGAUAACUGGAAGGCUUUGAAAGAGCUAGAAAAGGCACUUCAGGUAUAUUGGAGUGCUCAAGAUCGAUUGCCUCCACGGUCAGUUAAGAUAGACAUCAAUAUUGAGAGAGAUUUGGCAUAUGCUCUUAAGGCUAGAGAAGGCCCCCAGAUUUUAUUCUUACGAGGGAACAAGAUCUUGUACCGGGAGAAAGAGUUCAGGACAGCAGAUGAGUUGGUCCAAAUGAUUGCACAUUUCUACUAUAAUGCUAAGAGGCCUUCAUGGAUUGAUGUGACGGCUUUAGCUCCACCUUAUUAAUGCCCUUGCAGGUUAAUUGGCAGGUCAAAGCUGUUUGUCUGGUGCAAUAGCUUAUUCGUCCCUCGCACCGAUCCCUGAUUUUGAAUUGUCAUCUAGUGAAAUUUUCCGUGCAAUCUUCAUGUCCAGAGACAGUUUUAAGUUAGCCUAUCUCCUUUGUUCUUGUGACCCUGCUGUUUGAUGAGAAUGAGUGUGAAACACAGGCUGAUACCAAUGGAAAAAGUCGUUGGAAAUCAGAAGUUAACAUGGGUUGUUGAAUAUCCACUCUGUGAUUGGGAGUUUUCUUCAAUUAUUUAUAGGAUCCCGUUGAUGUAACUAUAUGAUUUUGGUUGAACUCUCUCUCAUAUAGCCCUCCUAUUUUGCAUCACAGAUUCUUAAGGUCUUCUUGUUGGCAAUUCCUCGUCUUACAUACUUGUUCCCAUCCUGUAUUCAUUAUUCCUUGACAAAUUAAGACCUUGAUGGAUUGGCUGGGAUUUUGGGUCUUGAAA